GUCACUACAGGCAGGAGAGCAGAGCGUUGCUGGCCACCGUCAGGACAUGGCCUCUUCCCCAAGCCUCUUCCUGCUGCUUCUCGCGCUCCUCGCUGUUGGGCCAGGAGCGGCGGUGUGUCCCACAGAUCCCCAUCCGUCGAAGGAGGUGGUGCACGAUCUGAGCGACGGCUUCAAGGCCCUCACCUGCAAUGACACUGUUCAGUCCACUUGGAAUGCCUCCCAGCGGAUCCUUGUGUCCCAGUGUGUGGCAGGAGUGUGGCAGUACUCCUAUAACACCUGCUCUAGAGGACAAUCCGCUACGGCGGUGUGCAACAAGACGGAGGUGCCGAUCCCAGCCAAUGCCACGGCCCGGCUGAGCUUCACGGACUUCGAGAUGAACUUGUACGGUGUAGCCUACCAGUGUAACGCCCCGCUUGUCUGGCUCUCCGGCGCCCCCAACAGGAUCACUCAGUGUGUCAACGGCUCUUGGACUCCAAUAUUUGAUGUUUGUGACGUAGGGUGCGGGACGGCGCGUGAUUGUGCAGACUUGGUUCUGAUGGGGUUUAAUGCCUCCGGACUCUACAGAAUCAUACCCAGCGGGGACCCAGCUGACCCGUGCAUUACGGUGUGGUGUGACCUGAACAACACAAGUGUACAAGGAGGGAGUGGCUGGACAACCAUCUUCAGACAGUAUAACGGCAAUACAAACUUCAGUAACUUACAGUUACAGGAUUUCAUGUUUCCUAUUGGCGACCCUGACCCUAGCAGUAAUGUCGUCUACUUCAUAGGACUGGAGAAGUUAGCGGACCUAAACUGGGAGAGGAAUGGGAGCACCCGGCCGCUGGUGUUGGAGGUGACCCUGAACACAACUGGUGGCAGGCAGCUGUGGUCCGCCUUCGACAACUUCCAGAUGAGUCAGGCACCAAACUAUACCCUCCGGGAGGUCGGCGGCUUCUACGGCACCGCUGGAUAUGCCUUGAUGAUGAACGAAGGUUAUAAUUUCAUCAGCCAAAAUGGAACAUACUGGUGGCUGCCGAGUGACUCAACACAGCUGCAACAAAACUUAGCGUUCUUAACCGCGAGUUCACCGAGAUGGAAUAACUUGUCCGUGGAGAGCGUCACCAUGAGGGUUCGCUCACUUGCCUACGACACUGCCGUAGCCUGCCCGAUAAUACCCUUGAACAACUGGUCGAACGUAUAUUCGAUGGUGCCCGCCAACCGCAGUGUGGGCGCCGUCAUGACGUACCGGUGUGUCGGGGACCUGAUGGUGGAGGGUGUGGAUGGCGGCAACACCACCACCUACGGUACGCUGCUCUGUAAGGCGCCAACACGACCAUCACUCACCCCCGCCUGGAACUAUAUUCUCCAUGAACCAUGCCAUCUGAAGUGCCCCACUGGCUUCCUGAAGGCACGUAGCGGGGACCGGUGCUUCAUGUUCUCCCAGGAGCCCGCCAAGUACGGCCUGGCUGCAGCAGCUCUCAGAUGCGCGCAGGUCGGGGCGUCCCUGGCCGUGCUGCGGGGGCCAGACGACCUCACCAACGCCACCUCCGGUCGCUUCUACUACACCGCCCACACCAGCUUGUGGGACACGCAGAUGGUGACGCCGUGGCUGCCCUCUACCGUCACCUGUAACACAACCUGUAACGUGAGUGAGGGCUCGGAGUGCGUGGCGGCGGCGCAGGGCGUCAUGUACAGGGCCCAGAGCUGCCGCCUUCCUGACACCUACUCCAUGUGCAUGGUGCCAGGCUGGUGCCCGGCCAACUACACGUCGAACUCUGGCAUCUGUUACAAGAUGAUCUCCAACGUCAACAACCUGACGGAGGCUGAGGCGCUCUGCGAGUCUGAAGGGGCGUCCCUCGCCUUCCCUCAGAAUAAUUUUACUCUCGCCUUCCUCUCCCGGCUGGUCAAGAACUCAGCCGACAACACGACCACCAAAGUCAUGAUAGGACUCAAUAACGCUUUGGGUACCUGGACGGGUGGAGGAUUAUACGCACCUGAUGCUGCGUUGAUCAAACUAGCGGGCAGCUCUCCGGUUGGGUCUUACUGGCGGAUCCUCACCAUACCCACCACCACCUCCUCCUACUCCAAUAUGAACAUGGUAUUCACCAGUAAUACCACCACCUCCACCAGUAAUACCACCACCUCCACCAGUAAUACCACCACCUUCACCAGUAAUACCACCACCUCCACCAGUAAUACCACCACCUCCACCAGUUCUACCUCCACCUCCACCAGUAUUAACGCCAUCAACCCCGGCACCCUCUCCGCCACCACCCUAGCCGGUCAGGCUGGGGUCACCAGCGCCAUCUGUCAACUCUACGGUCCACUAGGGUGUGUGAGUAAUGCCCCGGUCGCCGCUGGUAACAUGACAAGAGAGUGGGACAACACCACCACCAUGGCCACCGUCGCCACCUUCAGGUGUUACCCCGGGUACUUCGUGGGAGGGAACGUGAGCGUGGUGGAGCAGACGGUGAUGUGCGUGGGCGUCCUGGGAGGCUGGUACCCCUCCACGCUCCUCCCAUGUCUGGCCGUUGACGUGUGUACAGGACAGGUCCCGUCCGCCCCGUCUCCCUCAAUCACCAACACUAGCUCCACCUACCUCCGUCGCCUGAACGGCACUGUCAACUUCACCUGCCCGUCUGGGAUGACCACCGUCAACGGGACUACUUUACAGACGGUUACUUGUCUAGAGUACGAGUCGUCUUACACCUUCGACCCGUCCGAGGUCCUCGCUUGUAAUGUGUGUUUGGGCGCCCCCGCGGUCAACAACAGCGCGACGGACUGGGUGAACAGCACCACGUGGAUGGUGGGCGCGCUGGUGACCGCCACCUGCACCCCCACCUACGUCCUCAACUUCACCAGCACCACCCAGACCAUCCCCUGCACCAGCCUCGGCUGGCAACCUCCACAACCAUGUUACAAAGGAUGCGUUGGUGACCCCCCGACCCCUGGUGCCAACAUGGUCCGUGAUAACCUCACCUCUAACGUCCAGGGGGUCAAGAUUAACUACAACUGUUCGUCUGGCUUCUUCAUCCCCACCAGCCAGAACAACAGCACACCGUUGUCGAGAACGACCGUCGUGUGUGGCGCCAACUCCACCUGGGACCCUGCCGGCCCGCCCUUACUCUGCACGCAGUUGUGUCUGGCCAACCCUCAGACGGUGACGACGCCCAUCACCUCCUCGUGGGACGGCGUCGCCAGGAGUGUCGGAACACAGGUGAACAUAUCGUGUCCAUCCGGCCAGCUGUUUCCUGACCUCAACGCCUCCACCAUCAUCACGUGUGAAGACACCGGCAACUGGUCCACUCUGCCCUCGGAGUACCUCGUCUGCAGGACAGCUGCGCCUUCUGCCCCCCCACCAACCCCGGCCGGAGCUGUAUUAGGGGGCGGAGGUCCACCCUACUGGGUGGGGAUGACUCUCAACUACACCUGUCCCCCGCCACAAAUGUCCCUCUCAGGUGCUACCUACACCACCAUCACCUGCCUCGCCACCGGCUGGACCACCCUCGACCCUACCUUCGCCUGCCUCAGUGUGUGUCUGGCCUCGCCUCCAGCGCCACCAGACGGUGUGAUCGCCAACUUCACCAACCAGGUAGCAGAGUGGGGCCAGGUGGUGAGCUACACCUGCAUCGUUGGUGAUCCUAACACCACCAACACCACCACCACCACCAUCUCCACCUGCAACAAUGCCACCUGGACCCCAGACACCAUCCCCGACUGUAUUGGUGAGACUCUGACAAGAAUUUACCCAUUGAUAGACACAAAGAACAAGAUGCACUAAUACCCCAGCUCACACACACUCACAUACCAGACUGUUCUCUUCAUUUGCCACAACACACACGUGAGGGAUUAAGGAUACCACAAUAGGCUACUGGAGCACCCAGCAGGUAUACUGUAGACCUGGACAUAGUUCACGACUAAAUUACACAUACACCAAUAAUCGUUAUUAUAUCUGUGAGAAGACAUUACCUUUACUACUACUAAUAAUAAUGAUACAAAUAAUAAUGAUAACAAUAAUGAUGAUAAUAAUCCUAAAAAGAAUAGUAAUCACACUAACGUGAUAUAUAUAAUAUAUAGUUAUAUAUCACAUGUUUUUCUCAACAACAAUAAUAAUAAUACAGAGAGAAAUCACAGUGACGUGACGUAUAUAUGAGAAAAUCGGUAGGAGCCGUGAUGAGGAUAGGCUUCCAAAUAGCCUGGGAAUACACACCUCAUAGGUUCGGAUCCUCACCAUGGCUUCUACGGAUUGUCUCAAUAAUAAUACUAAAAUAAAACACGAUGAUGAUAUUUACGACAAAGUCUUCAGGCAUGUAGACACCCUAAUUAUUCUCUUAAGAAUUCAUUAAUACAACAAAUAGCAAAUAAAUCAACACGUAACAAAAACACACAUACGUAAUAACUACAACGGAAGCCAAAUACCCUCUAAUAAUUCUGCAGGUGUUCUUUCCACAGGUGUUAUUAACUCUUAAUUUUCAGGAAACAGAUGCUAGAUUCCCGCAGCUAGACGGUGUGUAGAAUUCUGGGCUUUUAGCUGACGAUGUCUCUCACCCUAGCACGUGUAAAUAGGUACUGAUAGCACCAAAUGUACAUAGGGAAGAUCAAAUGGGUAACAAUAGGAACAAAUUCGUACUGAGAGGACUAAAUGAGAACCGAUAGGGCCAAAUGGGUAGUGAGAAGACAGAUUGAAUACCGAGACUACCAAAUAGGUACCAAAAGUAUAAUGGGUAUCGAGAGGACCAAAAUGGGACAUAAACUCGCCAAAGAAUCUUUGAGUCUGGAUGAAAUCCAUACGGCACUCUGUCACUGGGCUAGGCUUGUUCAGGCGGCGGCAGACUUCAAAGAUGCAUUUAUCAAUUUUUAAACGUACUGCAUAUUCAAAAUCGGGUUUUUAUCGUUACAAAUUACAUUAAGACGUUACACUAAAUGGUAACCCGUCCUCAUCAGCAAAGAUCAAAUGCUCGUUAAUCCUGUCGCACAGUAAAGGAAAAACGGUUUACACACGACUCACAACUGAUGAUGAUCGAACAUUUCUCGAACAGUGCUUCGCUUACAUUCGAAUCGUAACUGUAAAUGUUUUACAACGUACUACGAAUACAAAUAAUUGCCAACAGACCCUAAACACCUAACCUAACACUAACUAUACAUAAUAAUAUUAAUUUAUACAUGAGAAAAAUAUAUUUUUAAUACACAAUACCUUAAAUUUAAUGAAUUUAAAUUCAUUUAAAUGGAUGGGUCGGCCGCUGCUUGCAAGGAGCUUAGCCUAAGGACGGUUUGCGAAAUGGGCUUGAGUUUGGCGAGGGCACCAAAUGGAACCCAAAUGAAUCAACUAAAUUCUGAAUGCACGAAACGAAACCAUAAAACAACUCGCUAAGGCUCUAGUAAACCUGGCCCAGUUGGUAUAGUCAGUGUGUAAAUUGUUUACACAGUUAUAGGACAAGGAGACUUCUGGCUCUUGUUCCUAAGCUUAGAGCUAUCCCUUCCCAUAGCUCAUAUUAAGCCUUAUCCUACUAGUUUUCCCCUCGAAUUCGAUCCGCCAAUCGGUCUACAACCAGGUCCCCAAUUACGAACAUUUAAGUGUCGGUUCAAUCGAACCUUCCUGCUAAAGUCUCGAACACGGCCAAAAUUCUUCGAGAUGAAAGUAAGACCAUUACCACAUGGUUCAUUCAGCGUCCAUUUGAUCCAUCUAGUAUAUCUUUGGUCCAGGUAGUGUUCUUUUGGUCCAUCUAGUGUCUCAUUGGUCCAUCUAGUGUCCCAUUGGUCCAUCUAGUGUCCCAUUAGUUCAUCUAGUGUUAAAUAGGUCAAUCUAGUGUCCCUUUGGUCCAUCUAGUGUUAAUUAGGUCCAUCUAGUGUCUAUUUGGUCCAUUUAGUGUUCCUUUGGUCCAUCUAGUGACCCUUUGGUCCAUCAACUAUUCCUUUGAUGCAUCUAGUGUCUUUUGUCCAUCUAGUCUUCCUCUGGUUAAAUCAAUGACCCUUUGGUCAAAAGUUCAAUAGUCAAAUAAGUUUUCUUUUGAUCCAGUAUUUAUUUGGUCUAAUUAUAGUCACUUGGUUCAGUGUCUUUUUGGCCAAUUCAGUGUUCCCUUAGGGGUCAAUUUAGAGUCCCUUUGACUCAUUAUGACAUUGUUUUUAUAACUGAAUUGUUUACCUGUUAAGAACUACGAGCUGGGGUCUCAAUUGCUUCGUUUGUUUUAAUACUUGUUAUUCUUAUAAUUAUUGGCUAUACUGCAUGUGUGUGUGUGUGUGUGUGUGUGUGUGUGUGUGUAAUGGAAUGAACAUAUGCUGUAAUACGCAUCACAUGGCGCCUGAUGUUUUUGUUCAGUGUCAGGGGCUCUCUUCUGAUCUCUCUUCUGAUUGGCUGAUCAAAAGAUGACCCUGAUGUUUGAUGUGUUAGUUUAGAUUGUAAAUAUAAUGUAAUAUUUUUGUAUGUUUAUGUAUGUGUACUUGUGAAUGUAAUAUAAAAUAUACGCGUGUGUGUGUGUGUGUGUCUUUAUUAAAAUCUAGAAUACCAGUAGGUUUCGAACUUGGGUCUGGGAGUGUCCCAGUCCAACAUGCUGACCACCGUUGCUUCCUAUAUUGCAAAGGUGUCUGUCGUACACAAGAGUGACUGGGAUAGGGUGACCCCAUGCCACCGUGCCAGAGUGCUGGAGGUAAAUCAGAGUGAAAAGUAUAGUUUUACUCAGUUGAUGAUAACGUUUCGUGGCCGGUGUAGAGCCUGUGAAUCCGCGGGUGUUCGAGCUCCCGGCGGUGCACCGGGGUAGCAGGCAGGGGCCAGAUUCACGAAAGCACUUACGCAAGCUCUUACGAACGUGUACAUCUUUCCUCAAUCUUUGACGGCUUUGGUUACAUUUAUUAAACCAUUUACAAG